AUAUAUAUAUAUAAGUUUCUCAAGGGCCUUUCCUUGACAUGGAGGACUCUAACAACUCACCCGUCGACGCCUCAUCCACUUCCUGCGACGAGGAGAGUGGUUGGACCACCUACUUCGAGGACUUCAUGGCAUCGGAGGAGAGGAGGAGAGCGGCAGGUGGAUCUUCCUCCGGCGUCGCCGUGGGCAAUUCCAUGAUCUCGGAUGCGGCCUCCUGCGUUUCGAGGAAGACGGGGCAGCCACCGGCGCCGGCGGCGUGCAUCGAGGUGUCUGAUAAAUACAAGAACCUGAGUCUGAGGAGGAGGAAGGGGAGGAGACUACUGGAAGACGAUGCCUUGGAGGACACAGCGAGCUCGCCUGUCAAUAGCCCCAAGGUUAAUAAUCUGAGUGCGACCUCAAGCAAGAAAGAUGAUAACAGGGACACCGAUCUGCAGGACGGCGUUGGGCGCGGGAACGAUCCAGAGAUGAAAGAAGUCGUGAAUGGGUUUGAUUUUGGGGAGAGGACAAGUGAAUGCGUAGAGCUGAGGAAAAGAGGGCUCUGUUUGGUUCCUUUGUCCGUGAUAGACUUUUUGGUUUGAUGAGUUUGUUCAAAGUGAAAAAGCCAAUCAAUGUAAUUUAAUGUAGGUUUUGUUCAUGAUGGAAAUGGAGUCGAGGUUUAGUGCGCGGUGGAAGGGAAGAUGGCUCCAUGUGCAAAUGCUUGGUUUGUCAACGCGGUAGACUUUUGAUUUAGCGAGAUUGUCGGAAGAUCCAGACACACUAUUCAAUCCAAGUCAACAAAGCGUCCGAGAAUACUCAAAAGUUUCCACGCGCAGCAUAAUCAUCUCGUUGGGAUUGUGGUUCUUGAGUUGAUGGAUCGACUAUUUA